AUGGAAAUUUUAAUUGGAGCAACAAUUUUAGGUGGUGUUACUUAUGCCUAUAAUUCAUUCAAAAGAUAUAUUCCAGAAGGAGUUCAUGCCGUUAAACCAUUUUAUCCAGAAAAGUAUGUGGGUAAAUGGUAUGAAAUUGCACGUUUAUACACAUAUUUUGAAAAGGAUUUGGAUAAAAUUACAGCAGAAUAUUCAAUUAAUAAAGAUGGUUCAAUAACAGUGGUUAAUAGUGGAUACAAUUAUAAAAAGAAAAAGAGAGAAAAUGCAAAAGGUAUUGCUUAUUUUGUAAAUGGCUCGGACGAAGGAAUGCUAAAAGUCUCUUUCUUUGGUCCAUUUUAUUCUGGCUACAAUGUAAUUGCAAUUGAUCCUGACUAUAAAUAUGCUUUAAUUGCUGGUCAAAGUUUUGAUUACAUGUGGAUCCUUUCAAAAGAACCAACAAUUCCAGAGAAAAUUAAAAAUUCUUAUUUAGAAUUAGCAAAAUCAGUUGGUUAUGAUAUUACAAAAUUAAUUUGGUCAAAACAAAAUGAAAAUGAAAAUUAA